GAAAGACUUAAAACAACAAAACACGUAUAAAUUAUGUGGCAAACUGUGAUAGCACGUGAUAAACGUGGGCGGGUCCCAAAGCUGUUUCCGGAAACAUGGAGGCUGUACUGAGUGAUGUGGUAGCUCCUGAAGACCUUUUAAAAUUUGAGAAGAAAUACAACAGUGAGCUGGUGAAGGGAGCAGUCUCCAAAGAAACAAAGUUUGAAUAUGCUUGGUGUCUGAUCAGGAGUAAAUACUCGGAGGAUAUCAAGAAGGGAAUUGCACUCUUGGAGGAGCUUGUUCAAAAGGCAUCGAAGGACGACUCCCGGGACUUCUUGUUUUACCUUGCAGUGGCCAACUACAGACUCAAAGAAUAUGAAAAAGCCCUGAAGUACAUCCGGACCCUUCUUAAGAAUGAGCCAGGGAACAAGCAGGCUCUGGAGCUGGAGAAACUGAUCGACAAGGCUUUAAAGAAAGACGGCUUGGUUGGCAUGGCGAUCGUUGGGGGAAUCGGUCUCGGUGUGGCCGGCUUAGCGGGACUCAUCGGCCUGGCUGUGUCAAAGGGAGCUGCCAAAUCCUAACCUGGACAUGAGACGACGUGUCUUUGUUUUGCUGGACUGAUACACUGACCUUUCCCCUGCAGAGAAAAUUAAAGCUUGUGUUAAAAGCUUGUUAAAGUUUUUUUGAAGGAUGUAACAUUUUGGUUUGAAGUUGAGUAUUUACUGAAGCUUAAUAAAGGGUUUAGAUAAAGCCAGUGAUUAACCUGUUUUCAUAUUAUAACAGGGGUGAAAGUCACUAUACAUUUGACAUUACUCUGUCCCACACUAUAGCAUUGCACUUUCAUAUUACUUAUGUAAAUAAAUUAGAAUAGAUAAGGUGCAGCUCAACUCUAUGUAAUUUAUUAGUUAGUGCGCACCUCAGCCUAAACCUCCUAAGUUGAAAUUUACAUUUUGUAAAAAAAAAAAAAAAAACUAUCUUUGUCAAAGUGCAGUUGUGGUUCUGUGACUGUGUCAAUGUCAUUAGUUUGGACAUAAAGAAUUGUAAAGGAAAGUGUUACUGGUGCAGUAGGAAGUGUAGCCUGUAAUGCCAAAAGGAACAGUGAGGUAACAGUGACUCUGCUACACUGCUGUUAGGAAACUGUAAGUCCAGCUGCUGCUGCUGUGAGGCCAGAGAACAGAUGCAUUGCUUUUAUUUUGGACAAGAGGUUUCUUUUCAUUUGUUCUGAAUACAACUUAAAGAUAAGGAUGGCAGUGCAUUUAAAUUAAUACAUUUUGUCAUGUAAUUUGCAUUUGCAAACAUAUAUCUGUGCUGCAUUUAAUGACUUGUGUUUUCCAUCUUGUUAAAUAAACAAUGAUUUCAAACUGAUAGAA